AUGGUCAAAGCCGUAGUAUUAGGUGCUGCUGGAGGUAUCGGACAACCUCUUUCACUUCUUCUUAAACUUAAUGAAGUUAUCACGGAACUUGCACUUUAUGAUAUUGUAAAUAGUCCCGGAGUAGCCGCAGAUUUAAGUCAUAUCAAUACUCCAGCCAAAGUUACUGGUUACUUACCUGCAAAUGACGGUUUAAAAUGCGCCUUGACCGGCGCACACUUGAUUGUAAUUCCGGCAGGUGUUCCCCGUAAACCUGGCAUGACGAGAGACGACCUUUUCAAGAUAAAUGCGGGAAUUGUUCGUGACUUGGCCACAGGCAUUGCCCAACAUGCCCCUAAAGCUUAUGUUCUCGUAAUCUCGAAUCCUGUAAAUUCUACUGUACCAAUUGUUGUGGAGGUUCUAAAGAAACAUGGUGCAUUUGAUCCUAAAAGAGUUUUUGGAGUUACAACUCUUGAUGUUGUUCGUGCAUCUACCUUCACUAGUUCAAUCAGUGGUGCAGCACCGCAAGGAGUUCGCGUUCCAGUCGUAGGAGGACACAGUGGCGUAACUAUUAUUCCACUUUUGUCACAAAUCUCACCACGUCAUAACUUUACUCAUGAAGAAAUUGAGGCACUUACAAAACGCAUUCAAUUUGGGGGUGAUGAAGUUGUUAAAGCUAAAGAUGGUGCAGGAUCGGCGACCCUUUCAAUGGCACAAGCUGGUGCUCGAUUUGCAUCUUCAAUUUUAAAUGCCACCGUUAAAGGAGAAGCAGGAAUUGUCGAACCUUCCUACGUUCACCUUGAUGCUGAUAAAGAAGGGUGCGCGCAACUUCGAAAACUUAUCGAUGGACUGGAUUAUUUCUCAUCAAACAUCGAACUAGGACCUAAUGGUGUUGCAAAGAUUAACUCUCUUGGCGAAAUUAGCGAAUAUGAAAAGAAACUUUUAGAAGCGGCUAUCCCUGAGCUCAAAACAAAUAUCAACAAAGGUGUCUCGUUUAUCGCUGAUGGAUCCAAAUUGUAA